AAGACCCAACGUGUACUUCAGCCUUUCUCAUACGUCUAGACUUUUGAUCGUUCAUGAGACGAGGAACCCGUAAUGGCACCACUACCGACAAUCAACAAGCAGGGACUGAGCAAGGAGCUUAAUGAAGCUCCAGCUGAGACCAAGCCAUUCGAUGACAUGCAAGGAAUCAAGACUAUAGCCGGUGAUUUGGGUGCCGAAAGAGUCAAAGGCAAAGUCAUCAUCAUAACCGGCGCAAACUCAGAAAUCGGCAUCGGCCGUGCCUCUGCUCACCAAUUCGCCCGCAACGGCGCCCUCGCAAUCUACCUCUGCGACUUCUCCUCCACCAACCUCUCCAAACACGCCCAAGAACUACGCACCCUCUACCCAACCGUCAAGAUUCACACCUCGCAAUUCGACGCCGCCGAAGAAGCCUCCGUCGAGAAAAUCUGCCAAGAAGCCCUAACCACCUACUCACGUCUAGACGUAUUCUUCGCAAACGCGGGUAUCGCUCCCGCGAAGAUCUUCUGGGAAAUCUCAGACAAGGAGUUCAUGGAUGUACUCCGUACAAACACCUUAUCCGUCUUCCUUGCUACAAAGCACGCUUCUCGUGCAAUGCUUAAAACUUCUGACACGAAGAAAUACCCAGGCGGUAGUAUCAUCGCUACAGCCAGCGUGGCUGGUCUGCGUGCGAGCGCUGGAACGACGGAUUACUCUGCUAGCAAAGCCGCCGUCAUCAACGUAAUGCAGACGUGCGCGUACCAGCUAGCUGGCACAGGCAUCCGGUGCAAUGCCAUUUGUCCUGGUUUGAUCGAGACGGGCAUGACAAAGGUGACGUAUGAUGCAGCGAGGCAACGGGGUACAGAGCGCAAGAUUGGACAGUUGAAUCCGCUGAGGAGGGGAGGUCAGCCCGAUGAGAUUGCUAGGAUGGUGCUGUUUUUAGCGAGUGAUGAGGCGAGCUAUGUUAAUGCGCAGGCCAUGGUUGUGGAUGGAGGGUUAAGUGGUAGUUUACCGUUUGUCAUGGGCAAGUUGGCGUAAUGGAUGUGUACUACGUAGGAUUUUGGAUAUAAUUUAUAGUUAGUUAGUAAUAGAAAAUAUCAGUAUAA